AAACUGGUUCUAUGUUCAGAAUCCCGAGCCUGCUCUUCCCGGGUACUCUUGUCUUCCUCCAGUGUACCAAGAUACUUGGAACUCUCUUCCAAUCGGAGAUGAAGCAGUACAAGCCUUGGAGUUGUUGGAUCGUAUGUUAAAUCUUAAAGAACAAGGUUUACAGGGAGAGCAGAUCACUCGGCACUUCAUCAAAUGCCGACUAGCGCCAAUCAAGGAAAGAUCCCGCACAGCAUUCGAGUUCGACGGCAAACAUGAUCCCAACCGUGAAGAACCAGAUUCCCUGGAUUUCAAAAUCAUGAAGGAGAGGAUGUAUAAAAUCUUCUCAAAUGCAAUUGUAGUCAGCUACUCUCAUCAACUGCCAGUUGUGCCAUAUAAUGCAUUCAAUCCGCCUCCACAGGAAUAUGCAUUGAUGAAGUCAGAUCCACCAGUCACUCAGCGCCGGUCUCCUCGCCAACACACCGCUCAGGGAGGUGGAGGGCCAACGAUCAGACCAGAUCCGCAACCUCAGACCUCCAAAUUGACUGGUCAAACAGGUCCUCGCAAGAGAAAGCUGGUACUUGACGAUGAUGAAGGUGACGAUGAUAAAUCUGGGGAUAAGGGCUCGCCUAAUAAACCCCCAAAGCGCACCAUGCCCAGGAAAAAACUGGCUGGCCGUGCGAUGCCAAAGAUCAGAACGUCUUCCAGGAAACCAUCUGAUAUAGAUCCAUCUGGAAAAAACCCCGAUCCUGCCAUGACGGAGCAAAAUAUAUCCAAGGACCCCGAGCCGACUGCUGACAACCAGCCGACCGCUGAAAGCCAGCCGACUGGCGCCCAUGCUUCGGGCGAUAGGGCCAAUCCGAGUGACCUGCCGCCGACUGGAAACCAGUCGGCAACAACUGAAACGGCAACAACUCAAGAGCCCCCGACUGGAAACCAGUCGGACGCAGGCCCUGAUCAAGAGAUCCCCGAAGUAGAAGCGCAGACGACGACUUCGCAAGGACCAGAAGCUGGUAACGACUCGAUAGCUGGGUCUUCAGGUAAAGAACAAAGAUCACCUCACGCUCAGCUAGGUACAUCUUCAGGACCAUCAGGUGAUGACGGAGAAGAAAUUCCUCGCAUAAAGGCGACCGACGACUCUCGUCCUCCUAUCUUGAUCAAAUGGUGGGACGAGAACUCACAAGCUGCCGGCAUAGUCAUAAACCGUCAAAAAGAAGAUGAAGAAGUGUGCCAGCUGAAGAAAGCGCUCGGAGAAGCCACUCGUAUUGUAAAUGUAAGUCUUCCGAGUGACGGCCUUCGGUAACUUUGUUUUCUUUUUAGCAGAACUGAACCAUGAUCCAUCAUGCAGAGAAUCCAUCUUCGCAAUGAGGCCAAGACUACAACUUUGGAAAAGCUGGUUCCUCAUUUGGGAACUCUAGAAACAGUUAGGGACCAGCUGCAUGAGGCCAAGGAGUGCGCCAAAAAGACAGAGAAAGAGUUAAGGGACCGAAUCGCCCAGCUCCAGGAUGCAAACUUCGAACUAAGUGGUUCAUCAAAAGCGCAAGCUGCCAGGAUGGAACAGAUGGUGAAGCAAAUUGAAGCCCUGGAGAGAGACAAGACAGAACUAGCUGCGCAAAGGGACUCAGCCUUGAAGGAAGUCGAAGAUCGCAAGAUCAAAUCUCAAGCUCAGUUUGACGUCCUGGUUGGUAAGAUCAAGAGGCUUGAAGGAGCAAGGGAUAACGUCGCCAAUGCCGCUGCACCAAUUAUCCAAGCCAUGUUCCUCAAUAAUGGUGGUCCGAGUGCACUCGACGCAACCGAAAUAUUUGACAAGCUGAGUGUUGCUCCGGAAGUAUAUUUCAAAAAUAUCAAGAAAGCUGGAAGUAUGGGAGCUGGCAUGGCCUUGGCGAUGACAAAAUCCUUGUACCCGAGAAUUGAAGUCGAUACCAUUGAUGGAUUUGCAGACGGGACAAGUGAAGAAGCUGCUCUUGAUCUUAUCAGUAAUGCUCAAAGUGCGGCUGACAAGAUUGCAGGUGAUGUUGUAGAACAAUUCCGCAACAAUGAUCUUCAGCCGAGCGAUAAUAACUCUGAUGAUGAAAGGACUGAUUCUGACUGAGUUUGAAUGUAAUACAUGGAGGCUCAAUUUGUACAAUACUGGUGUAUUUAUGCUGUGCUUGAUGAUU